AACAAUCACGCCUACACUAGCGAAGUCACGUAGGCUGGCCGCUGAAGGCUCGCGUCUUACGCCUGUUUCUCUCGCGUCGGUAACUUUCUCACGUCAAGUGUACACUGUAAGGGGCCUAACUGGGUGGAUCCAGAGUCAAGAUCUAAACAGAGUUGACAAGCAACAGCUUUGAAAAUGAAGCUUGUUCUUCUCUUUGAAGUGAUCAUUUCUUUAGUUAUUAUCUGUUGCAUGGCAACAGAUAUGUUUUCUAAAGAGAAACCUGAUUUACUUGUGGUGACCAUAGCAACAGAGGAGAAUGAUGGAUUUCGUCAGUUUCUCCGUUCAGCUAAACUGUAUGGUUUAAAUGUUAAGGUCUUAGGUCUUGGAACAACUUGGAGAGGUGGUACAAUGCAAUCGACCGGAGGAGGCCACAAGAUCAAUAUUUUAAGAGAAGGUUUAAAACCUUUCAAGAAUGUAGAAAACCUCAUCAUUAUGUUUGUUGACAGCUAUGAUGUAGUCUUCACUGAUGGCAAAGAUGCAAUACUGGACAAGUUUUCAAAAUUUAACUCAAGGGUCAUCUUUUCAGCUGAAGAAGCUUGUUGGCCAGAUAAAACAUUGGCUGAAAAAUAUCCCAUAGUCAAGGAUUCCAAAAAGAAAUAUUUGAACUCAGGAGGAUUCUUGGGUUAUGCUAAGGAAAUUUAUGAAAUAGUCAGUCAUCAAACUAUUGCUGAUGAUGAGGAUGAUCAACUUUACUACACCAAAAUAUAUAUCAACAGAGCUCUAAGGCAUGAGUGGAAUAUGAAACUUGAUACAAAGGCAGAAAUAUUUCAGAAUUUGAAUUGGGCUCUUGGGGAGAUAGUCAUCAAAUAUAAGAAUGGACACAGUUAUUUAUACAAUAUAGAGACAGAGACAACCCCAGUUGUGAUUCAUGGUAAUGGCCCUAUCAAGCCCGAGUUCUACCGCCUGUCUAACUAUCUUGCUGAUGGCUGGACAGACACUACUGGAUGUCUCUCAUGUAAAGAAGAUCUGGUGGAUCUCGGUAAAUUGAAGGAGGUUGACUAUCCUGCCGUAUUAGUUUCCAUUUUCAUUGAGUAUGCAACUCCAUUUAUCAGAGAGUUCUUUGAACAAGUGGCAGCACUGAAAUAUCCAAAAGACAAAAUUGACAUCUACAUUCAUAAUCGGGUACUAUUGCAUGAGAAGGAUGUUGCUAAAUUUCUUGAAGACACCAAAGACUUGUAUAAAAGUACAAGAUACAUAUCUUCAGCAGACAAUGUCAAUGAGGGUAUUGCAAGAAACUGGGCCAUUGAUGAGUGUAUCCAAAAGAAUUGCAAGUACUUAAUGACUAUUGACUCAGUAGUGCAGAUUACCAAACCAGAACUGUUGGUGGAUUUGAUAGAACAAAAUAGAUCAAUCAUUGCGCCAUUGCUGAAAAGACCAGGAAAAUUAUGGUCCAACUUCUGGGGUGCUCUGGGUGAUACAGGUUAUUAUGCCAGAUCUGAAGAUUACAUGGACAUCAUCAACUAUAACAGAGUCGGGCUGUGGAAUGUUCCACAUGCGACUAAUCUAUUGCUGAUCCAUGGUCAUCGUCUGACAUUACUGAAAGAUGCCUUCACUUUCAAUAGGGCUUAUGAUCCGGACAUGUCUUUUAGUCAAAAAGCUAGAAGCCAGAAUAUCUUUAUCUACCUGACUAACAGAGACUACUGGGGCCAUCUGAUCUACGCAGAUGAAUUCGAAACAAAUCAUUUAAAUAAUGAGCUCUUCGAAAUUUUUAAUAACAGAUUGGACUGGGAGAGGAGAUACAUUCACAAGAAUUAUUCAAAGGCUUUGGAACCUGAUGCAAUCAUUGAAAUGCCCUGUCCAGAUGUUUAUUGGUUCCCUAUUGUUACUGAGACUUUCUGUGAUGAGUUUGUGGCUGAGAUGGAAAACUUUGGGAAAUGGUCUAAUGGGAAAAAUGAAGACCCCAGACUGGCAGGUGGUUAUGAGAAUGUGCCCACUGUAGACAUCCACAUGAACCAAGUUGGUUAUGAGAGACAUUGGCUUCACUUCCUUAGGGAGUUUGUGCGUCCCCUGCAAGAAAAAGUAUUCACUGGAUAUUUUCAUGAUCCACCGCAUGCACUUUUGAACUUUAUUGUUCGCUAUAAGCCUGAUGAGCAGCCUCUGUUGAGGCCACAUCAUGAUGCCUCAACUUAUACCAUCAACAUUGCUUUAAACACACCAAUGGUUGAUUUUGAGGGUGGAGGUUGCCGUUUUCUUCGUUACAAUUGCAGCAUUACUUCCCCAAGAAAAGGAUGGAUGUUCAUGCACCCUGGCCGACUGACUCACUUCCAUGAAGGUUUGAGAGUGACUAAAGGGACCAGAUAUAUUAUGGUUUCCUUCAUAGAUCCAUAGUGAUAUCAUUAUUUAAUGUACAAGUUCAAAACUUUACUAAAUACAUUUUUUCUUUGCUUUGCUAAUAACUUAAUUCUAAUAAACAUUUUUUUAAGGUUGUAAGUAAAGGUGAAAUGAAAUAAUGUUUUUUUUUUGUUUUUCUAAUUGAAAACAAGUUUUGACUAACCACAACAUUCUUUGUAAUGUUCAUACAAGAUUUGAAUUCUUUUUUAAUGUUUCUACUACAGAAUUAAACUGUUUGUAGUGGUACACUUUCUUAACUACUGAUUACUCUAGUCACUAUGAAUCUUGUUCAAUAAAAGAUCAAAAUACCAUAACAAAUUUGCAUUGUGUUGAAUGUUAUUAGUGUCAGUAGACACCACAUCGCAUUAUGCAGCUUGCCAAAGGAAUGUAAAAGUGUUACUACUUCAAAACUGCUUUCAAUUUUUUUAUAAUUUUUUUUUUACAAUAGUAGAUAAGGAACCAAAACACUAUGCUUUUGGAUUUUUGCCUCUAGAUCUGUAUCUACAAUAUUAAUCCUUUUUAAUGCAUAUUUUUUAACAGCAUUAUUCUGAUGACAAUAGUAAUGUUUACUCUAGCUAGAGUGUGAUUAAUGAGAUGUCUAAAUGUUGUCUUGAACUUAAGGCCAUUGAUUCAAGCUCUCUCCAUGAUGUUCUGAAAAAAUGUUUUUGCCUUUUUCUUGUUCUCAAUUCUCAUGUAUUUAGGCAUCGAAUGAUUUCUUUGGAUGCAAUUUGAUGGAACCAUUGAGUUAGUAUUAUCAUUGUGAUCUUAAUAAACUUUUAGUUGAACAUCUUGUUCUCUUGUAUAGAUUGUGUCUCUGUGCUCCUCUUUUGAGGUUUUGUCUGUGCACUUCCAAUGUUUGGACUCAUCAAAAUUGGUUGUAAUUUUUUUUUUAUUAUAUAUAACUUUGUGUAUACAUAAAAUAAAAACAAUGAUUACAUAAUUAUUAUAAUCACUAUAUAAAGCUGAUGAUGAACACAAAUGUUGAACCUAUCUAUACAAAUAUUUUAUACACUAUUUGGUGCUAGAGAGAUGCUCUCUCCAACAUGCUAAUCACUGCAUGUUUUGUGUGUGAGUGUGUCUGUGAACUUUUGAAAGAUUUAAUAUUCUUUGAAUUCUUUAUCAUGAGCUCAUCUAUCAUAUCAUGAAGUUAAUAUAUUUUUUUAAAGUGCAUGGGUUUUAAUGACCUUGUUAUUUGAAUCAGGUUUUAACAUUUGGAUAUGCUAGAUCAACAGAUAAAUAAUUGAUGUGAAAGUACAACUUUCGCCAUUUUAAAAUUAGGCAUGAAAAGAUUGUUAAACUUGUCCAAUGUAUACAAAUUCUAAAAUUUUUAUGUUUGUUUAUUGGUACAUUUGAUGUUAAUUAAACUGGCCAUACUUUUAUCUGAUCUUUUUACACCUUUAUAAACAGAAAUUUAGAAGUUAAUUUUACAAAAUUAUAUCUCUAUAAAUUUGCUAAAAUAAAACAGUUAAAGAGUU